UUAGCCUGGUACCCAUGAUGGGCGUGACAACUAACAACUAUCAUCUCUUUAAAUAUACGUGACGUAAUUUUUUGAGUGAUCCAGCACGGCACUGCUCUUUCAUGUUCCUCCAUCUUGGUCCGCAUCGAAAAAUAGAUCUGAAUUAUAAUAUUAGUUUUUCAUUUUGUAUUUACAUUUAUUUAAUUUAUUUUUUUAUAGAAAAUUUGAGAUAAAUAAAUUAAAUUCGUUUGGUUGUCGUCGUCGCCGAUUGAAUGUUCUUCAGUAUUGCUGCGUUCUGCGUUCCGUUUGUCGUUUGUUCUGUUGUUUAUGGUUUGUGGCCCAUCCCAGUUCGCUGUGAAUGUGUAUGCCGUUUCCAUAAGAAAAACACGAUAAAUUUAUGGAUAACAUCUGUUUUUGAUAAGAACUGUGGCAAGAAUGCCCGAAGACAAGAAAAUGGCAGUUGAUAAUGAUACUCUUCCUUCCAAAAAGUCUUCCACUACAUUGAUCCGUGGUAGUGGAAGCACCACAGCUAAAAUUACUAUGUUAGAUGGUUCUGUUUUACCAAUCACUAUCGAUAGGAAAGCUAAAGGCAAAGAACUACUGGACAAAGUUUGUGAAGCAAUAAAUCUAAUAGAGAAAGAUUAUUUUGGUCUAGUUUAUGCAGACAGACACGAUCCCAGAAAUUGGUUGGAUUUAGAAAAAAGAAUAAGUAAGUUCAUGAGAGUUGAACCUUGGGUGUUCAGUUUCGAAGUAAAGUUUUACCCUCCCGACCCGGCUCAAUUACAGGAGGAUAUUACCAGAUACCAUUUGUGUCUUCAAAUUCGAAAUGAUAUUUUGAAUAACCGUCUACCGUGUUCUUUUGUAACUCACGCUCUUUUGGGAUCAUAUCUAGUUCAAUCCGAGCUAGGCGAUUAUGAUUCGGAAACUAUGGGCAAAAAUUAUCUUAGUGAAUUCAAAUUUGCUCCUAACCAAGACCAAGAUCUAGAACAGAAGGUUAUGGAAUUACACAGGACUCACAAGGGCCAAACUCCAGCAGAAGCUGAAUUGCAUUAUUUAGAAAACGCUAAAAAAUUAGCUAUGUACGGAGUUGAUUUACAUCCUGCGAAAGAUUCGGAGGGAGUCGACAUAAUGCUUGGCGUAUGUGCGUCCGGUUUAUUAGUAUAUAGAGACAGGCUACGAAUAAAUAGAUUCGCCUGGCCUAAAAUCAUCAAAAUCAGUUACAAGAGACACAAUUUCUAUAUAAAAAUUCGUCCCGGCGAUUUUGAACAAUUCGAAUCUACCAUUGGUUUCAAAUUAGCCAACCAUAGAGCUGCUAAGAAAUUAUGGAAAACUUGUGUCGAACAUCAUACAUUCUUCAGGUUGAUGUCACCGGAAAUUAAUCAAAAAUCGUCUCUUUUUCCGAAGUUAGGUUCGAAAUUCAGAUACUCUGGACGCACACAUUAUGAAACUAAGAAAACGCCCAUAGAACGCCCUGCUCCUCAAUUUGAGCGUUCUUUAACUGGAAAACGUUUAGCUUCUCGCAGCAUGGAUCCACUUGGUGGAUUGCGAACCGAAGACGAUUUUAACGAAGCAAAUAAACGACACACAAUGUCCCAUCCGCCCGAUCACAUACCAGACAUUGAUAGUCAAACUCCCGCUACUGUCAAAUCACCUAAAGAAAUUAAAGAGAAAGAAAAAAAAACGAAGCCUAUCGGUGGAGUCGCUGUGCUACCGACUGUCGGUUUGUUCGCCAAAAAGGGCGAUAAAAAUAAAGAUAAGGAAAACAGAGACUCGAACGCUCCUCAUCAAAACGGCGUCGAGGAAUCUCAAUUGAAUUCGAGUAAUGAUAGCGAAAAAACACCUAGCGAUAAAAAGGAAAAAGGAAAGAGCCUUGGUUUUCCGUUCGGUUCAAAGAAAGAAAAAACACCGAAAGAGAAAAAAGAAGCAGAAAAACUCGCCGCUACUACAGACAAAGAUAAAGGGGGACCUCCAGUGGGUUCUCCUCAGUUACCGGGUUAUACUAGACAGUAUGAUUACGAAGAACCGGAAGUUACCCCUAGAAAACCAGUUAUACAAGGAUUCAGUUAUGAAAACCAAGAAUCCCCGUCCAGUCCAACGGAUGCGCAAAAGAUACCCCAAUCGCCUGGUAAAAGAGCGACAGCUACCGCUUUCAAUUAUGCUCCAGGCGAUGUAGGCAAACUAAAGAAAGAUCCUUUAUUUAAAGAUCCCAAAUCUGACAGCGCUGCUUUUAUCGCCGGAGAACAAUACAUGCAUCAGGCACCUCCUAAAGCACAAACUCCAACAGUGCCUGUAGUUGCGGGUUCCAAGAAAACCAGACCGAUCACCUUGUAUGUCGUUACUGGAAAUAGAGACAGUAAAACUGGUUACAUCGAUCUAAGCACCGCUACAGCUGAAAAAACAAUCGGCGAACAAAAUAUAGAGACGGGAUUAAUAAACUGCAAAUACGGUUUGAUUGAUCCCACAAACGGAACUGUGAUAAUAACGGAUCAAACCAAUGGUCAAAAAGAAGUAGUACAAGGCCAUGUAGACCCGAUUACGAAACAAAUAAUAAUUACUUCGGGAUCUGUAAUAGAUCCGAAAACAGGAAAUAAAUCUUCAACUUUGGGUCAAAUUAUUUCUAUUUCGACACCGAAUUCCAAACUGUCCAAAAAACUUCCGAUCCUACCUAAGAAACGUAUAAUAAAAAUCAGUGUCACCACAGCAAAGAAAGAUCACAAAACUGGACGUGUCGAAGCAGAAAAAGGACAUACAGAAAUAUUGACAGCCAUUUUAGAUCCUGUAACAGGAAAGAUCGAAACGAAAUUUGGCACAAUUGACCCCGCAAACAGCUGUAUAGCUGCUAAAGAUCCCAAAUCUGGCAAAAUUGAGGUUUACCCAGUUGAAAUCGACAGUAAUCUAGGACAUUUCGUCGUUAAACAAGGAGUCGUCGAUCCCAAAUCCAACAAAGUAGACAACAGUUUGGGACAGUUGAUCAAAAUAUCAGAACAAGGCGAUUCUAUCGUACCUAUAACCGCUGUUACAGCUAAACGCGAUUCUAAAACAGGACAAUUAGAUCCUACAAACGCCCAUAAAGAAACCACCAAUGGCAAAUUAGAUCCCAAAAACGAUUUAAUACUCACAAAAUACGGCACCAUUAACGUCAAACAUAUGCGAAUUUCAUCCCGCGAUCCGAAGACCGGAAAAAUCGAAGAACAUCCCGUACAACUCGACGCAAACGACAAUAUUAUCGUAUUAAACGGCGUAGUAGAUCCCAGAACAGGCAACAGAGAUAACAAUCUGAGUCAAAUCUUGCAAAUACAUUCAGAAAUCGAUCCAGAAAUAGUUAUUUCUUCACAAGGUGGUAAAGUAGAUAAGAAAGGACUGGAUCCAAAAACGGUAACGGCUCCCGAAAAAUCUAUCGGAAUGUACGAUCCGGAAACGAACAAAGUCUACACCAAAUACGGAGUUAUUAACUUAAUAAACGAAACUCUAUCAUUUAUCGAUCCGAAAACGAAUAAAACUGAACUAAAACAAGGUAUUAGAGAACCUUCAGGCGAUCUUCUCUUCAAAGGCUUGGUUAACCCAAAAACCGGCAAAAUCGACAACAAUUACGGAAGAGUUAUCAAAUUAGAAUUCAGCGAUAACAGAGUUGAUCCAUCUGUUAACAGCGCUCCAAUUCCUGGAAAAUCUGACGUCAGAAGUGUUCCCGUAUCUCCAGUUAAAUUACCUACACCUACACCGCCUAAAGGAAAAAGCAAAGUUAUCAAAAUAUUAACGAUAACCGCUAAAAGGGAUCCAAAAACUAAUCAACUAGAUUUAGAACACGGUCAUGUUGAUCAGUCUGCCGGAAUUCUUACACCUACCGGUGAAAUAGAAUCGAAAUACGGUCUUAUAGACCCUAAAUUAGCUACAAUAACGAUAAUAGAUCCUGCAACCGGUAAACAAGAGACUGUACAAGGACAUAUUGAUCCAUCGAGCGGUCAAAUACAGAUUUUAAACGGACCUGUAAUCGAUCCUAGGACCGGAAAAAAGGAUAACACUCUCGGACAAAUAAUUGCUAUAGCUUCCUACGAACCUAAAGAUGAAAAUCCGGUUAAAAACCUAUUACCAUCGCAUCCCGUUCCGAAGAAACGUGUUAUUAAAAUAUUGGUCAUUACCGGUAAAAAAGACCCGGCUUCCGGUAAAAUAGAUACAGAAAAAGGUGCAGUAGAAAAGUUAACAGCCACUAUUGAUCCAGUCAGCGGUAUAAUUAUAUCAAAAUACGGUAAAAUCGAUCCGCAAAAUAAGAAAGUUAUCACCAAAGACAAAUCUGGAAAACCAGUAGUAACUCCGAUUAAAGUCGACGAAAACACUGGACAAAUAUACAUAGACGACAACGUUGUAGACAGUAAAACUGGUAAAAUCGAUCAUAGCUUAUCGCAAGUUAUCAACGUUGUCGACCCGCAACAUCCAGCUGUUGUUAUAACUACAAUUACAACAACUCGCGAUCCUAAAACGGGAAUAAUCGAUUUCAAAAACGGCAAAACUGAAAUAUCCAAUGGGAAAAUCAUACCAGAAACUGGACAUGUCGUUACCAAACAAGGAACUAUCAAUUUAAAACUGAUGAGAAUCACUACAAGGGAUCCAAAAACUGGUAUCAUUCAGGAACGACCUAUUCAAGUGGAUAAGGAUGAUAAUAUCAUUAUAGCAACAGGAACCACUAAUCCAAAUGCAGUACAAGUUAUCCAAGUUGGUCCGGAAGUAGAUCCAGAAAUCCAAAUUAAAACAUUUGUUGGUAAAGUCGAUUCGAAGAAAAACACAAUUGAUUCUAAGAAUGUUGUACCAGAAACAACUCCAGGUCUUUAUGAUCCAGAUAGAAAUAUAAUAUACACCAAAUACGGCCAUCUAGAUCCGGUUUCAGAAACACUUGUUAUUAUAGAACCAAAAACAGGAAAAUCUGAAACCAAACAAGGCCACAUCGAACCUAAUACCGGCGAUUUACUAUUUAAAAAUUGUGUUACAAAUUCGAAGAGUGGAAAAAUUGAUAAAGACCUUGGUAGGAUUCUAUCUGUUCAUAUAAUUGAACCACCGAUUGAUACUGUCACUUCACAGCAACCUUUAGCUAAAGAUAUACCCGAAACACCUACCAAAAUCAAAGUAAUUUCACCUGCUGUUCCUCCUCAGAAAAUAGUAUCUACCUCUCCUGUGAAAACUGCUACCACCCCUAUCAGAUCUGUCCCUCCAGUAAAGACAGCAACGCCUACAAAAGAGGUGAUAACCGGGAUAUUGCACCCCAUUGCAAAGCAUAGGAUAGUGAAAAUUAUGGUAAUAACGGGAAAGAAAGAUCCCAAAACUGGUAUUGUAGAUAUCGAAAAUGGUACAGUUGAACAUCUAACAGGAAUAGUUGAUCCGAAGAACGGUUUAGUUGAAACUAAAUACGGUUUAUUAGAUCCAACAACUGGAUCUCUAAUAACUAAAGACGCUACAGGAAAUAGCCAAAACUUUCCGGGAAAAGUUGACCUAUCAACUGGAAAUAUCACCGUUAACGGAGGACCGAUUGCCGAUCCAAUUACUGGAAAACUUGAUCCAACUUUGGGACAAGUUUUCACGAUAGUAGGUUUGAAGCAAGCGCAAGAUUCGAACAUCGCUCCUUUACCAAAGAAAAAGGUUAUUAAAAUAACUGUCAUCACCACUAGAAUAGAUCCUAAAACUGGAAAAAUUGAUAACGAAAAAGGUCAAAUCGAACAUUCGACAGCUUUACUAAAUCCUGAAACAGGACUCAUCGAGUCUAAAUAUGGUUUGAUUGAUCCUAAAAACGGUAAAGUCAUUAUUAACGAUCAGAAAUCUGGGAAAGUCGAUGCGAAAUCAGCACAAAUUAACGACGUUAAUGGACAAAUCAUCGUAUCCAGCGGUGUAAUCGAUCCAAAAUCCGGAAAAAUUGACAACUCCUUAGGACAAAUCAUCAGCAUCGCAGGUCAAAAUGAUCCCGUUCUCGAAAUCACUACCAUAACCGCUAAAAGAGAUCCAAAAACCGGAAACAUCGAUAUUAACAACGGUCAAAUGGAAACCUCCAAAGCGCAGAAAGUUUCAGCUACUGGUGAAAUCAAAACCAAAUACGGAACUGUAAACAUUAAAGAUCUAAAAAUAACAACAUUACAUCCUAAAACUGGUAAAUUAGAAACCAGACCAGUACAAGUCGACGAAGAAGGCAGCAUUAUAAUUACAUCUGGAGUUAAAGACCCUAAGAGUGACACAGUGAAUCCAGACCUUUGUCAAAUCAUCAAAUUAGGAUCUGAAGUAGAACCCGAAGUACAAGUCGUAACCUUUAUUGGAAAACUAGACUCGAAAAAGAAUACAAUUGAUACAAAAAAUUUGAUACCAGAUGUUUCCAGUGGUGUUUAUAAUCCAGCAUCGCAUAAAAUCGAUACUAAAUACGGUCAAAUUGAUCCCAUUAAAGCCACUUUGACGUAUACCGAUCCUAAAACAGGUCGCGUAGAAGUUAAACAAGGAAUAAUAGAUCCAACUACAGGACAGAUUUUAUUCAAAGGUUACACUAAUCCCAAAACCGGAAAAAUUGAUCCAAACUACGGCAGACUUGUUGCUAUACUUAUCACAGAUCCCAAAAUUAACGAAUCUGGCGAGAUUAUAAAAAAAGAUAGUAAAAAAGUUAGAAUCGAUCCGAAAAACAAUCAAGUUUGGGUAUAUGAUUAUAAUGAUCCUAUUACGAAGAGCGAAAUCUAUACAACUGGUCAUAUAGAUCCGGUGACUGGAUAUAUCGUUACUGUUUCUGGACAGGCUGAUCCCAAAUCUGGAUCUAUAGCAAAAAUUUCUAAAGUCGAUCCCAGCCAUGUUAAAAUCGAUAAUGAAUCUAACCAAGUAUUUACAAAAACCGCUCAAAUUGAUGAAGCAGGUGAUCCUAUAUACUCAGCAUCCGAAAUUGAUCCUAAGAACGGACAGAUUUACACCAAAUACGGAAAAAUCGAUCCAAAAACCGGAAAGUUUGUUAUUGUAAGAAUUUAUUUGAUAACGCAAAACGAUCCUCAAGGGAAAGCGAAAGAAAUUGAUCCUAAGGACUGUCAAUUCGAUGAAAAAACUGGUCGCAUUAUUAACGUCACAACUCAAACGGUUUAUAUUUACAGUAUGGUUGAUCCAAAAACAGGAAAAGUUGUACAAGUUGAUCCUAAUGAUCCAUUAGUUAAAAGUGCUAAUACAAAAGUAACGCAAGUUCUAACUUUAACCGGAGAAAUCGAUCCAGUAACAGGAAAAAUCCACACUGAAUGGGGUCACAUCGAUCCCCAAACAGGCGACAUCGAUCCCAACACAGCCAGACGUGACCCAGUAACGGGGGAACUCGUCCUAAAUUACGCUCAGAUAGACCCAACGCACUUUAAAGAUCUCAAAGAUACAAAAGUCAAAGUAAAAACUUACACAAAGGGUGAAGGUUCGUCUGAAGAAAGUAGCGAUGACGAUUUAUCCGAAUACGCUGCCGAUAAUUUACAAGAUCUCACAAAUUUGAAAAUACCGAGGAGCAAAAAAGGACCUAGUACGCCCGUUAUUGUCAAAACGACCACCAAACAAAUCGUUACGAAAGACAAAGACGGCGUUACUCAGAAUAUUGAGGAACGAGUGGAGGAUGGUAGGACCGGUGAGGUUACAUAUUCGACGCAGACGAACAAGGCUGAUGUACCAUCAGACGAUGUUAAAUCGCCUUUUGUAACUGCACGCGCUGUAACAACCCGAACAGCGACAACGCACGAAGAUUUAGGUACUAACGCUCGUACGCAACAGUUGGAAGAAAAAACUGUCGCUCAUUCAUUGACAUCGAGCGCUACCAGGCAAGAACAAAGAACGGUUACUCAGGAGGUUAAGACGACCAGUACGGUUGUGAGUGGAGAUCAGCUGGGCAGACGAGACAGCUUUAGUUCGACUAGUUCAGGUGACUCGGGCACACCCAUUGACCCACCUGAUGAUCCUAAUCAUCCAUAUUACAACAGCCCAUUGUACAAGGAUAACAUACCAGAAGGCAUAGUACAAACGGAGAGUAUCGUAUACCGUGGAGAUCCUACGGUCAUUCACUCUACCACAAACGUACCCGUAGUGGCUACUGAAGCACGAAAAGUGAAUUUAACCUCCGACGAUGGUUCUUAUAGCGCUACAGGUGAAAUUGUUAGUUCACAAACUAUAAGUUCGAAGACGAGAACGGUGGAGACUAUAACGUAUAAAACCGAGAGAGAUGGCGUAGUGGAAACAAGAGUGGAACAAAAAAUAACGAUACAAUCUGACGGCGAUCCAAUAGAUCAUGAUAAAGCAUUAGCGGAAGCAAUACAAGAAGCUACAGCUAUGAAUCCCGAUAUGACCGUAGAAAAAAUAGAAAUCCAACAACAAACUACACAAUAAAUGUGUAAUAUUUUUAUACACUGUAAUAAUGUAUAUUUUACAUUAUUAUAUAAAUAUUUUUUAUUCCAGAGCGAUUUAGCACUAGUAAUGUAUCCCACGAUAUUUUUGAACGUAAAGCAUCUGCUUUGUUUAUAUUUUAAGUAGUUUUUCACUUUAUAAACUUCUUUUAUUAUUAACUUAUUCUCUACUUUGUUUUAUAUUUACUAUUUGUUCUUUUUUUUUGUAUAUUUUGACUUUGGCAGGUAUAGGUGAGAUUUUUGUUAUAUAUUUUUUAUAUAUUGUGUCAAACACUAUAUUUCUACAUUUAUUUAUAUAUGAAUUCUAUUGUAAUCCUUCUAUGUAUUUAAUGUGUAUUUACGAAGAGCUAAAGAUGCUUUUUGCCGAUGAAUUAUUAAAAAAAAGAAACAAAAAAUACUUGCAUACUGCGAUAAGGUGCUUUAAGUAUAAUUAUAAGAAUGAAUCUCGAUUAAAAUAACAACAGAUGUGUUCAACAAAGAAAAAAAACCGUAUGUAAUACAGUAAAAAUUUUAUGUCUAACCACAUUCCAUAUGUCUAUUUAUUAAUUAAUAAACAAAUGUCUAUCAAUUUUAAUCUAACUGUUGAAAUUUGAAAAAUUUUAAUUGUUUCUCAGUUCAAUGGUAGCUAUUUAGAAUAAGAACCAUUCACAUUUUUCGUAGUUUAUGACAAUAAGUGCUAAAAAAAUUAAGUCUGAUCUCUGAAUCACCCAUGGAUUGUGUCAAAAAGGUUUUCAACUAGAUUCAGGCAUUAGGGCUUUGAAUACAUUUAAUGGUCUUAAGAUCUGUAAUUAGAAAAUUUUACCCCCAUUUAUUAUUUUAAAUAAAAACAUCAUUUUAAUGCAUAUUAUGAUUAUUUAACGUUUCAGAAGAUUUGAAAAUCAUCUAGUAAAUACGGAUAAAUAAUAAAUAAAAAUAACAGCCGGCGUAAAAACUUUCUAAUGUCGGAUCUCGUACCAUUGUAACGUUAUUAAAAUAAUUUUCAAGGUACAGUAUUUUGACAAGCUACAGUUUUUCCAAAUUUGCUUAGAAAUAAUUAUAAAUAUUGAUAAUGACUUCGCUCCAACUUGAAUUAAAUCGAUUUUUCAAUCCUGACUUCGCUCCAAUUUCAAUUAAAUCGAUUUUGUCGAAGUCUAACAUCACGUCAACUUAAAUCGAUUGUUUUGAAGUCUGACUUCGCUUUAAAGUCUGAUUUUACUCCAAAAUGAAUUAAAUCGAUUUUUUAUUUAUUAAAAAAUCGUUUGUUUCCAAGUCCGACUUUGAUUCAACUUAAAUCGAUUUUUUUAAAGUUAGACUGCUCCAACUUGAAAAAUCGAUUUUUUUAAGGCUGACUUCGCUCAAACUUGAAUUAAAUCGAUUUUUGAAGCCUGACUUCGCUCCAACUUAAAAAAUCGAUUUUUUUCAACUCAUUCCGUUUUAUAACCUUUGUUGGGCUAGAUGUUGAAAUAAAAGUUUAAUUAUUAAUUUAUAUCCAUGACAUUUUUUAUAGGGUGGAGACAUUAAUAUAUACUAUUGAGAUUUCUUUAAACAUUAAAAAAUGACGCCAGUAAAAUUGGAAAAGGCUUUUUUAAACCAAAUUUAAAAUUAACGAUUAACGAAGUACCAAUAGCAUUUAUUUCUACCCUGUAUAUCCUCUCGAAAUUUGAUAUUUUCAAAAUUUAUAAAUUGCUUUUGAACGGAUUAGUUUAGGUUUUUCUAUUGAUGUAUUUCUGGUAUUACUUAAAGUAGAUGCACCAAAAAAUGGUUGUAAUUUCUUUCUCUAUUAUCUACUACAAAGUGGAUUUCGAACAGCAAUUUUUUUCUGUAGUAUUGCUUAAUUUUUAGCUAUAGUUGUUCGUACAUAAUUCACAUUUGUUUUAUUUUAUAAUUUUAUUUCAAUAAAGAUGUUUGAAUAA